AUGAGACUAAUGUCACCUAAGAUACGUAUCAUCUUCUACGUGGCAGUACUCUUGCCGUUGGUGUGUGCAAAGUCAAAGCCUGCGCUUAAACCAAAGGACCUGUCUCCGGAUGAUUUAAAAAACGUGUUUUUUAGCAACCCUAAUAAUGGUCACAAUGGGAAACACAGGAAACAUUUACCCGUGACGAAGAAGAUAUUCGCCUCAACAGGAACACGCCGAGAGCACUAUAAUGGAAUGGACCCGUACGGCAAUGGCGGGCACUAUCACGUGAUGGACCCCUCCUAUGGAACCAAAUCAGGGGCAGUGCACUUCAUGGGACCCAAAUACGGGCAUUUCCACGGCAUCGGGGGCCACAUUGGUGGAAGACAUUUUCCGAUGGGCGAGCAUCACCAGUGGGGGACAGGGCAGCACCUACAUGUUAUGGAUCCAUCAUAUGGUGGAAUGGGCCCUGAUAGUAUGGUCCAUUUUCCAAUGGCAGUCCCUCCGGGCUCUAUCGCUCACGUAAAUCACGUCCCAGCACCCAUUAAUAUGGGAGUGAAUUUAGGCGGACCUGGGUUUCAUCUGGAGAGCCCUGUGGAAGGAUUCUCCCCACCCGAUAUGGUCCCAAUGCCGGGUCCACCAAGGCCCGUUCCAAUCCCUUUUCCGGUACCAGUGAACCACCCCCCUCGGGUCGAGCACGUCCCCUUUCCAGUCCCUGUGGAGGGACCUCCCAGAAUCCAUCCCGUCAUUGUUCCUUUCCAUACUCCCCCACGUGUUGAGCACGUGCCAUUCCCCAUACCAGUCCACUCCCCGCCACAAAUCGAAAAAGUGCCGAUACCUUUUCCAUACCCCGUGCCCUCCCCCCCUCAGAUAAAGCCCAUGCCCUACCCGGUCCCAGUCCCCGUGCGUCAGCCACCGAUGAUCCAGAGGUUCUACUACCCCGUCCCAGUCUCUAGACCGGGUCAGAUUCAUCACAUCCCUUACCCUAUCUACAUUCGGGGCCCUGCUGAAGUCAGACAUGUCCCUUACCCUGUCCCUAUACGUUCCCCUCCUGAGCAAGUCCCGGUUCCCGUCCCCUCCCCUCCUGAGAUCUUUUUUCAGCGCGUCCCGUACCCUGUACCGGUGCCAAGCGUAGAAAGAGUACACACUCACUCACGUCACUUUUACUUCCCAGCAAAGACAAGCGGUCAAUGUAAUGUCAAUCCGUGUAUCAAUGGCGGGUCUUGUACCGCUAUGAUAGACACAUACAGAUGCCACUGCCCUCCUGGAUACCACGGCACACACUGCGAAGAGCAGAGUUUGUGCCACGUGAAUCCCUGUAAAAACUUCGGGGUGUGUUCUGAAGUGGAGAAGGACUACGAAUGCUCCUGCCAGAGAGGAUACAAAGGAAAGAACUGCGAACAUUCCGACCCGUGCUACCCCUCCCCCUGUAAAAAUGCUGGCACGUGCGUGGAAGUGGGCGACUCUUACCAGUGUUCGUGUCACGUGGGUUGGAUUGGAAAGGACUGUGGCACGGAGUCGAAAUGUCUUCCUAUCAACCCCUGCCAAAACGGAGGGACGUGUUCUGAGAGCCUGGGCACUUAUCGGUGUAACUGCAUGAGUGGCUGGCAGGGGCUCAGCUGUGAGGUUUCAGCUCCAGAUACAAGCGCAGUUGGCUGUGGUUCCUGUCAUCCUAACGCAUAUUGUAUGAUGGACAAAUGUGUAUGUAACCCUGGUUACAUCGGCGAUGGCAUCACGUGUGACGUAACAGGUCACGAAGACGAGAAAAGGGUUCUACACCGCGGAUUUAUGAAGAAUAAAAAAAGCAAGAUGACAAAAGUGCAUUAAAAGAGCAGGACUCGGAAAGUCGGAAAGAGGAACAGGAUUGAGUAUCAACACAAAGAAAAUGUACGACUUGCAAAUUUAGUGGUGGUAAAGACAUCAAAGUCUCUAA